UUAACUAAUAACUUUUAAUUAAAUGAAGUGCUUUUUUCGAAUAUGAACAACACGUUAUUGUGUCAGGUUUUUAGCAAGUAAUAAGUAUUGUUUAAAUAUUAGUUCUCAUGUUAAGAAGCAGACACGAUGUCACAGUAUACAGUGCAACCAAUACUUUUUUAUUUUUCACAAUUAUUUAUAUUGUGUAAAGUUUUGGGUAUUUAUCCCUAUAAUUUACAAGUUUAUCAAAAUUAUAGUGAAUUGAAAAAAUCUACAAUCGGUACAAUUGGUGUAGUUUUGUCUAUGAUCAUUGUUAUUGUAUUAUAUAAUUUAUUAAUUUACUCAUUUUCGGAUAAGGAUAAUACCUUGAAAACGUCACAAAGUACCUUAACUUUUGUUAUCGGUAUAUUUCUAACCUAUAUUGGUUUAGUAAUGAUGGUUACGGAUCAACUAAGUGCAUUACGUAAUCAAAAUCGUUUGGGCAAACUAUACGAACGUAUACGAAUGGUGGACGAGCGUCUAUUACGCGAAGGUUGCAUAAUCGAUAAUACCCCUUUGCGCAAGCGCAUUUGCGUUAUGAUAGUAUUUGUAUUUGUUUGUGAAUUAACUAUUAUGCUAUCAACCUAUAUAGUUUUAAUUGAUUAUACUAAAUGGAAAUCAUUACUAUGGAUAUUUUCAUGUAUUCCCACACUAUUUAAUUCGUUAGAUAAAAUCUGGUUUGCAGUGACAUUGCAUGCAUUGCAACAACGUUUCGCCGCCAUAAAUAGAGCACUUAAUGAAAUGGUCGAUGAACAUGAACGCUACAAGAUGGCCUCUAGAAACGAUAAGAAGAAUUUUGUCAAUAAUAAAGAAAAACAAAUAAAAGGAUUUCUACAAGAUGUCCAAGAAGAGAAUGUGAAUUUGAAUUAUCUGUAUGCUGAAUUAAGUGGUGCGAGUGCAAGCGAUUUGGCUAAAUUUAAAUUGGGUAAAAAUCGUAUAAUACCGGUGGGAACAGCAGCUGCAACAUCUAUUAAUAAUUUCAAUCAAUUAUCAACGAAAAAGAAGAAUAACCAAAUGAAGAUUAUGUAUGAGAGUCAAUUGAAUGAUAUAGUUAAAGUUGAGGAGAAGCUUAAUAAUUUUUGUCAAUUACACGAUGAGAUAUGUGAAAUUGGUAAACUGUUAAAUGAACUAUGGAGCUAUCCGAUUUUGGUGAUAAUGGCUUAUGGAUUUCUUAUAUUUACGGCACAAUUAUAUUUUCUAUAUUGUGCUACACAGGAUCAAGACAUACCAUCACUAUUUCUGUCAGCGAGAAACGCUUUUAUCACCGGAAUAUUUCUUUUCUAUACAUCUGGAAAGUGUGUUUACUUGAUUUAUCUAAGUUGGAAAACUUCUUUGGAAUCUAAAUGUACUGGCAUAUGUUUGCAUAAAUGUGGUGUCGUUGUUGAUAACAAUGAGCUUUAUGAAAUUGUUAAUCAUUUAUCAUUGAAAUUAUUAAAUCAUAAUGUAGAUUUUUCCGCCUGUGGUUUCUUUUCUUUAAAUAUGGAAACUUUAUAUGGAAUAAGUGGCGGCAUAACUAGUUAUCUAAUAAUUUUGAUUCAAUUCAAUUUAGCUGCUCAGCAGGCUAAAGAGGCCAUGAAUAGCAUUAGCUCAACCCGUUCCUUGGACAAUGAUUCGGAAGAACAGCAAAUGAAUUCAACUUCAUCAUUGACAACUUUUAUAACAAGCACUAUAACAAGUGCCUUGACUACAGAAAUAUAAUAUAAUUUGUUUUUAUUAUGAAAUUAAUACAUGUUUUUUUUAUUUUAAUUAUUAUUGCACAUUUCAUUUAUAUUUUUUCUAUUAUUUAUUUUCUA